AUGAGUAAAGAAAAUGAACCAAAAAAGUCCAAGAAGGAAUAUAUCUUUGAAAAAUUAGAUGAUAUUUCAGAUAUCACUGAACCUCUAGUCAAUACUACGGGAAAAUUGAUUGCCGCUACAACGUCAGCCUUUGAAAUUACUGUUCCCGUAAUAGUUCCAAUUACAAAAUUUGUCCCCUUGAUAUCUGAAAUUGGAAGUGUUCUCAACGAAAUCAUUGAAAUUGUACAAACUGCCGAACACAAUAAACGUAUUUGUGAUGCAUUAUUACAACGGGUUUACGCAGUAGAAUUGGCCGUACUUGACCUUAAGGUUCGAAGAAAUGUUAAUCAAGAAUAUUUUAAUACAAACAAUUAUUUAGGUUUACAAAGUUUAGCAAACAUUAUAUCACAAAUUAAAAAAUUUACCGCAGAAAUUUCUCAAAUGAAAACUAUGAUAAAAUACCUUAAAGGGAAAUCAAUUGAGAAAACCUUCAAGGAAUUAUGUAGCGAAUUUGAUAGUUGUGUGAGUUUAUUAAGUUUUUCUAUCGUUGCUAAAGAUAAAAUAAAUGAGGCUGAACAAUUAAAAGCUGAUCAAGAAGAGUUAAAUAAGUAUUUAGAAGAAAUGGGAAUCGAAAUCAAAAAAGUUGGUACUAACGUCAAAACGAUUGAAAUUGAUGUUAAACGUGUUGGAAAUGACGUCGAACAAGUUGGAAAUGAUGUCAAAGAAAUUGAAACUGAUGUCAAGGAACUUGUAACUGAAAUCAAACAAAUUAAACAAAAUACGGAAAAUUAUCCCGAUAUGGUUUUAAAAAUCACCGCAAUGCAUAACACAAUGGAAAAGCUAACAAAACAGACCGACCAAUCGAAAAUCAAUAAGAUUUUCCAGUUCCAUAACCUAACCUUUGAAGAUUAUGUACAAGGUGAUGACAGGCGUGAUGAUGGUCAAGUUACCAAGUGGAUGUGUGAUAGACAUCAAGAAUUUGCAUUCAAGGUUAUCGGUGAUGACGAGAAUGACAAGAAUAGCGUGCAAAAUCAGGUUACAAUUCUUAAAGAAUUUCAGGAUUGGCAAAACAUCAUAAAAUUUUAUGGACUGACUAAUGAUGGAAGUAAAACGUAUUUGGUGACGGAAUGGGCCGAAUUUGGGAACUUGAGAGAAUAUUAUACAAGCUUUAGACAACGAUUUGAACUAUUAAAGUUGAAGUUAUGUCUUGACAUUGCUCGUGGAUUAAAUUUUUUAAGAACCGUAGAUAUUGUGCAUCGUGACGUUAGAGCCGAGAAUAUCUUCAUUACGGUUAAUGAAGUAGCAAAACUUGGAAAUUUCAAAUUAAGUCGCCCCCUGACCGGACCUACAAAAAAGCAAAAUCAAAAUUUAGAACGUGUUCGUUAUUGUGCUCCUGAAUUGUUGGAAAGGGUUCAAAACUUCAAGUAUAAUCAUAAAUGUGAAGUUUAUAGCUUUGGAAUCUUGCUUUGGGAAAUCGCUGAAACGAGAAUUCCGUAUGCUAAAUAUGAUAUUAUGUCUAUAACCGACCUUAUACUUAAAAAGAAAUAUCGAGAACCUUUUUCUGAAAAUAAUGGAAUGUCCGAAAAAUUCAAAGAAUUAGUAAAUAAGGCUGUUAAUCCCGACCCAGAUUUCAGGCCCAAACUUUCUAAAAUGGUUAAUAUCCUUGGGGAAUGUAACAAAGAAUACGUCAGAUUAUCAUUAUCAGACGUUUCUUCAUCUAACUUUUCACAAAGUAAACCGAAACUUCCGACUCCAAAACGAACAUUUAGCAUUGAUAAUGAUUAUGAGUUUGCCAUUAAAGAUGAAAAUUUACAAGAUUUCGAGUCGUUCAAUUACAUGACACUUGCUGAAGCAGAAAAACAACAUAAAAUGGUUGAUAAAAAUGGCAGUCCCGCUGGAGAUUUAAAGAAUGCGUAUAAAUGUUUCGAAGCAUUCGCGAGGCGUAAGCAAAUCAAAGCAAAAUAUUAUAAAGCUUAUUAUAUUUCAAAAGGUUAUGAUGAUUUAGAUCUUAGUACUAAAGAUAAAGAGAUAAUGAUUGCAGGAUUAUUUAAAGAAGUUGCUAAUGAUGAAGCAAAUGAAUUCCCUGAAGCGAAAUUAAGAUAUGGUGAUUGUUUAUAUCAUGGCAAAGGUGUUGACCAGAAUUUGACGGAAGCUCUUAAAUAUUUUGAAAAAGCUGCUGAAGAUGGCCUUAGGGUAGCAAUGUAUAACGUUGGAAAUUUAUACUAUAAUGGCUGUAAUGAAAUAUCAGACUAUUCAUAUUAUGCAAUAGUUAACAAAUAUCCUACACUUGGACGUAUUAUUGAAGCAGUUGAAACCCAUGGGCUUGAAAAUUGGGUUAGUCAAUGUAUAACUUUUUUAGUUGACAAAACAAUGGAAGAAAAUUGUCCUAUAUUUGUUGGAAUGGCACAAGCUGUAAUGAAAAUCAUUGAUAAAAUACAACGUGGUGUAACUUUUAUGAGAGGAAUUGGAGAGUAUCAUGAAAGUUUUAUUAAUUUUUUAAUUGUGCUUAUGUCUAUUAGCACUUUAGCAACAUGUUGGCUUACAGCAAAUUUGGCUGGACUGACAAUCUGA